AUGGAAGGACCGAAUGGCCCAAAUCUUUAUCAACAAAUAAUUCCAACUUCUGACAACACUCCUCCAUCAAUUAUCAUUCAUACCAAUUCUUCUGCUAUUCUUCCGAUCGUUGAGCCUCACCAAACUCUCUCUAAAAUACGCACCAACGGUGAUGCAUCAGUAACCUCAGAGAAGAUUUACGACGAGAUUGAUGAGCUGAAAUUCGAAAUCAAAACUCGAGCAGCAACAGCCGUUUCUGCAGCAAAGGUCAAAGUUGUUAAAUCCAAGAGAUCCUCUUUCAUAUCAAAAAUUCUCAACUUCCAUCGAAACCCACCACAUUCACUUUCAAUACAAAACCACUGCCAAACUUUCAGAAUGUCUCCCUCUACUUUACAAGAACGAAGAGCUAUUGAUAGCGAACAUCGUUCUACUGUGGUGUGUCCGCAAAGAUACACCAAGCUACAGGCCAUACCUUACAAGUGGCCUCAUGACGGUACACUGAACAGAUCCACCACGGCGCUAGUCAUUAUUGACAUGCAGAAAGAUUUUGCUUCUGCCGAGGGAUAUUUGGCAAAGCAAAACAUUGAUAAUAAGCCAAUUCUCGACAUUGUUCCCAACAUUCGAAACCUUCUCGACACUUGCAGAGCCAAAGGAUAUCCAAUUUACCACACGCGCGAAGGCCAUCGGCCUGAUUUGUCCACCCUUUCCGAGCGUGAGAGGUACCGCUCAAGAAAUAAUCCAUCUGGACUCGGCAUCGGUGAUCAUGGCCCACUGGGACGUCUUUUGGUCCGUGGGGAGAAAGGACAUGAAAUUAUCGAUGAAUUGAUGCCCCUAUCAAAUGAGCCAGUUAUUGAUAAACCGGGUCGGAGCGCUUUUCAACACACAGAGUUCCGGCUUAUGCUCAACAUCAAAGGUAUCAAGAAUUUGAUUAUAUGUGGUGUAACAACGGACGUUUGUGUAACGAGUACGAUGAGGGAUGCCAAUGAUAACAACUUUGAUUGCGUCUUGGUGAAGGACGCGUGUGCCGCCGGCGUCCUCGAAAAUCAUAAAAGUGCUGUCGCAUCGAUUACCGAAGAAGGAGGAAUCUUUGGCGCUGUUACAACCGUAAGAGAUGUUUUGAAUGGGCUGGGAGCUGGGCUGGCUCGAAAGAAGCAUAAGGAUAGAUUUCAGGCUUCCAAACCAAAACCGAAAGUGGCACAACACUUCAAAGCUGCCCCGAAGACUAUCAUCGGUGAUAAUCCAUCUUCCAGUUUGGGGAGGGAAGAUUCGGAAUUGUCUGACUCUGAGCCAAUCAUGGAACGUGAAACUGCGGUAUCAGGGGAAGAUUAUGGACUGAAUGAAAGGAAUAAAUAUUCGCGACGCUCCAUACGCACCUGCAAUAAAUCCAAGAAACGCAAAACUAUUCUACCCGACUACGGAGACAACAGCAGUGAGGAAAGUGAAGAGAUGCCCAACUACCUAUGUGGCAAGCAAGUUACAUGA